GAAACAUGGCGGCCCUGGUGCGCGCUGGCUGCGGGAUUUGAAUUACUCUGCUCUCGGCUGCAGCAUCCUUCCUGAUGGCGACUUCGGCUCUGUGCGGUUCGUGUCAGAGCCCUACCGGGCUCCCUGGAAACCCCUCUUCGCCAAAAGAAGAGGAUUGUUAUCGUGAAGAUAGGGCCGGCGACUCAAGUUCCUAUUCGUCUGCGAGUAGCGAUUACGAUGACCUUGAGCCUGAAUGGCUGGACAGUGUGCAGAAAAAUGGAGAGCUAUUUUAUUUGGAACUGAGUGAGGGCGAAGAAGAAAGCCUCCUUCCUGAGACACCUGUUGUGAAUCAUGUCAGGUUCAGUGAAAAUGAGAUUAUUAUUGAAGAGGAUGAUUACAAAGAAGGAAAAAAGUAUGAACCCAAACUCAAGCGGUUUACCAAAAUUUUAAGAAGCAGAAGACUUUUACCCAAGCGCCAUAAUAAAAAAAAGAGCAAUGAGAGUGGGCCAGUCUCCAUUCUAAAGCAUCAGUCCAAUCAGAAAACAGGAGUCAUUGUUCAGCAGAGGUACAAAGACGUGACUGUCUAUGUAAACCCCAAAAAGCUAACAGUCACCAAAGCCAAAGAGCAGCUCAAGCUUCUGGAAGUGCUGGUUGGGAUCAUCCAUCAGACCAAGUGGAGCUGGAGAAGAACCGGAAAGCAGGCCGGCGGGGAGAGGCUGGUGGUCCAUGGCCUGCUGCCAGGAGGAUCAGCCAUGAAGAGUGGUCAGGUGUUAAUUGGUGAUGUCCUUGUUGCUGUGAACGAUGUUGAUGUGACCUCUGAGAACAUAGAGAGAGUUCUGUCCUGCAUUCCUGGGCCUAUGCAGGUGAAGCUGACAUUAGAAAAUGCAUAUGCUGUGAAAAAGGAAACGACUCAACUGAGACAGAAAAACGCACAAUCGAAAACAGAAGGCGAUUUAGUCAAACUUCUAUGGGGAGAAGAGAUUGAAGGUAGCCAGCAGAAUGUGCUAAACACCCCUCACGUGGUUAUGUAUCUCACACUGGAGCUGGACUCCGAGACCUCAAAGGAGGAGCAAGAAAUUCUUUAUCAUUACCCAGUGUCUGAUGCAUCUCAGAAACUUAAAAGUGUGAGAGGGAUAUUUCUCACACUGUGUGACAUGCUGGAAAAUGUAACUGGGACACAAGUUACUAGCUCGUCCCUUCUUUUAAAUGGGAAACAAACUCAUGUGGCUUAUUGGAAAGAAUCUGACAAGUUGUUGUUAAUUGGCCUGCCUGCUGAAGAAGUUCCUCUUCCUCAGCUAAGGAAUAUGAUAGAAAAUGUUGCCCAAACCUUAAAAUUUAUGUAUGGUUCUUUAGAUAGUGCCUUUUGCCAGGUUGAGAAUGCUCCUCGGUUGGAUCAUUUUUUUGAACUGUUCUUUCAAAGAGCCCUCCAGCCUGCCAAGCUGCACGGCAGGGCCAGUCCCAGUGCCCAGCAGUACGAGGCCUCCAGUGCAGUUCUUUUAGACAAUCUCCCUGGAGUGCGGUGGCUCACACUUCCACAGGAAAUCAAGAUGGAAUUAGACACAGCAUUGAGUGACUUGGAGGCUGCAGAUUUUGCAGAACUGUCUGAGGAUUACUAUGACAUGAGGCGGCUGUAUACGAUUUUAGGGUCUUCUUUGUUUUACAAGGGUUAUUUGAUUUGCAGUCAUUUGCCUAAGGAUGAUCUUAUUGAUAUUGCUGUAUAUUGUCGCCACUAUGGCCUACUGCCUUUAGCAGCAAAACAAAGAAUUGGUCAGCUGGUAAUAUGGAGAGAAGUGUUUCCUCGACAUCACCUCCAACCUUCUACAGAUUCAAACACUGAAGUCUUUCAGGAACCUGAGGGGAGAUAUUUUUUGCUAAUUGUUGGCUGGAGGCAUUAUAUGUUGUGUGUACUAUUAGAAGCUGGAGGCUGCUCAUCCAAAGCUAUUGGGAACCCUGGACCAGACUGUAUAUAUGUGGAUCAGGUCAAAACAACUCUUCAACAGCUGGAAGGAAUAGGUGGCCGCAUAAAUGAACGGCUGGCAUCUUCUCCAAGCCCCUGCUUAUCUUGUGCUGACUGGUUCCUUGCUGGAUCACAUGAAAAAUUAGAUUGUUUGACAACCUCUCCUAUCCUCAGUAGGCUACAAGGUAUUUCCAAAGCAGCAACCUCUCCAACCUGCAGAAGAACUCUUUUUGGUGACUAUUCCUUAAAAACACGUAAGCCCAGUCCUUCCCGAAGCAGUGGAGGAUCUGACAGUGGUUGUGAAGGUGGAGAAGGUGUUGGCCCGAGCCCCCACACUACACCAGAUGCAGUACGGAGGCAAAGAGAAUCCGAUGGCUUGGAAGAAAGUGGGGCCUUGCCUAAGGUGUGUAAAAAGAAAGCAAGUAUUGUAGAUAAAAUAGUUAUUGGGAAUCUACAUGAUUCAAAAUAAAGCAAUAUUUUUACAUUUGCUUAAAUAUCUUUUUUUUUUUUUUCAAGAUUGACAUCUGGUCCUGAGAACACACUUUUCCACUAUGUUGCUUUAGAAACAGUGCAAGGGAUCUUUAUUACUCCUACCCAUGAAGAAGUGGCCCAGCUAAGCGGCUCUAUCCACCCUCAGCUAAUAAAGAAUUUCCAUCAGUGUUGUCUCUCCAUUCGUGCAGUUUUUCAACAGACCUUGAUGGAAGAGAAAAAGAAAGCACUAAACAUUGCAGAUCACUCAGGUUCUACAAAUUUGGUGUCUUCUCUAAAUCCUGUGAAAGAACAUGGAGUGUUGUUUGAAUGCUCACCUGAAAACUGGACUGACCAGAGAAAAGCACCACCAGUUAUGGCUUAUUGGGUAGUAGGGAGACUCUUUCUUCAUCCCAAAGUUCAAGAACUUUAUGUCUGUUUUCAUGACUCCGUUACAGAAAUUGCCAUUGAAAUGGCUUUUAAGUUGUUCUUUGGAUUGACCUUGUAACUGUUUCCUUGCUACACAGCAACACUGUACAAUAAGAAGCACUGAGCAGUGUUAGGAUUGCUGAAAUCCAUACACAGAAGAUACAGUUUAGUUUCUUUUCACUGAACUUAAUAUUGUUAAAUAUUUAGAUCAUAUGCUGUUGGGUUUGAUGCACUAGAUCUUAAUUAGUAUUGUGAGACUUUUGAAAAGAUACUUGACCAAAAUAUGAAGAAGGAGUUGUUAACUUAUUUCCAUUUUGGUAUAUAACAUUAAUUUAUUGACUAGUUUGAAAUAAUGUGAAGUGUUUUAUGUAAAAUCAAUAUAGAAAUAUUUAUCUUGGAAAAAUACUCAAUUCGUUGUGUAUUUAUCUCAAGACUAAUAUUGAAUCUGGUGAAAGAGUCAGGAAAUUGAGAGAACGUGACCAGUCCUGUAACAAUUAGUGCUGUAACCAUGAGCAAGGGCACUUCUCUGAGCUCAGGGCAUUAAAGUAUCAUGGGUAUUAAGGCUGUGUUUAAAAAUAUUUAUUAAAUGUCUUCAAUUUCUUGAUAUUUUCAAAAAAACACUAUGAUUUUUUUUUUAAUACCGAGAAUUAUUAAUAAAUGCAGCUACUUAUCACUUCAGAUUUUCAAACAGACUGAAAACUUGGGGUUUUAUCAUAGCAGGGUUUUUUUUCUUCAUUUAAUAAAAUUUUAGUCUAUUGAACUGCUUUUCUGGUAUCAAAGAAUCAUACUGACCACCACUCAAAAACUGAAACAAAAAGAUAAAGCGGACCACAGAUCUUAAUAAGGAGAAAUCAUUUGCUAUGUUAUAGAUGGAUACCGUAAUGUCUACAUAGUAAAGACAUUACAUUUUUUAAAAAUGAAACCAAACAUCAUCUUGGUUUUCAUCUCUAAAUGGAUAUUAAAGUAAACAUUGCAAAUAAACUUAGUAUACCUUUUUUCCAAAUAUGUUCUAAGUCACAUCUGAAAAUAGAUUAGUUUGAAUACUGGACAAUAAAUACUUACCUGCCACUCUAUUAAAUAAAGGGGACAAAGUGACAGUGCAGAUACCACAGAGAUAUAUACUCUGGCAGGUAUAGAAACAUUAAGUUGGAUUUUGUUAGCAUCCUGCAAAUGGGCCCUUUCACAAAAGCCUAUUGAUGCAAAAGAUUAUAUAAUAGCCAUUUUAAAAAAAUAUCAAGUACUGUCUUAUCACCAUCAUAUACAAGGUGGGACAAAUAUAAGAAUAAGCUGUUUUCUGCAUACUCACUAUAAACUAUAAACCUACUUUUGUCCCACCCUGUAUUUUAAACUCCCCACAAUUCCAUUUUAGAGUCUACUGCCUUUCCUCCCUCCCUUUUCUUUAGCUAUUGUUGAUUUAUUUUUAUGGGGUUAAAGAACUAUACUCAGCAAGGGACUUUGUGCCAAGGGACUUUAAUGAUGAUGCCUACAGGCAAGAUAGUAAAUUUGCAGUGCCUGCUUUUUUAUAUUUCUAAUACAAAUGGGAAAACCUGUGAAACCAACUUAGUAGGUUUGUCUGCUUUGAGCAUUCUUGAGAAUAUUGUGAAUAAAUUGUUUGUUGUGUGUGUGGGUUCCCUCUAAAUAGUGCUGGCACAUGUUAUGUGCUAUAAAAGUGUUAGCUGCUGCUACUAUUAUUAUCAAAUAUCCACUGGUUGAAAGCCAAGGAGUCAGCUAAAUCAUACCUGCUACUGUACAAAAUGUUGGAAAGAAGCUGAGGAAAAGUAUUCAGCACUAAACAUUUUUGAGAAUAGGAUUUAUACUUUGGCUGUUUUUUAAAAUGUUAUUAAAUGUUACUAAAACUUUAGGGACUAAAGUUUAGUCUAUACACUAAAUUGUGUGAAAAUAAUUUAAUUUUGUAGAGCUAUAUUUCUAUAUUCUAUAUAAUUGAAGCUAUUUUUAUACUGUAUUGAUAGUUUUUAAUAAAGAUGGUUUGGAGUUUGUGGU